UGCAUGCGUCAAACUAGUCGAACAACAGCGCACGCCUCUAGCGCACGCCAAUCUGGCGUAGAUUGAACUUCGUGCGUUUUAACGAGUCAACAUGGCGGAAGAUAAGGAUAAAACGUUGGAAUUUAUCGAUGAUUAUCAAACAUGCAGAAUAUUGUGGGACCAAAAUAACAUAGAUUACACAAAUAAAAAAAAACGAUACGGCGCUUUGACUGCCCUGGGGCAAAAACACAAUUUGGACGUGCAAAUGGUCAAGAACAAGAUAAAGAGUUUGCGUUCGUACUUCUCGAAGGAACAUCAGAAAGUGAUCAAAAACAGUGGCGGCGCGUCGGGCGAGAGCUACCAGUCCUCGUGGUUUGCGUACAACUCACUUUUGUUUAUAUUGGAUUCCUCAGCGCCAAAAGAAAGUGGAGAUAAUACUUACGAAAAUUACUCCGCGACAACGGAAGAAAGUGCAGAGUAUGAGGCUUUGCUGAGUACAAAUUUAUCGGAAGGUGAACACGAGUUUAUUCAGCCAGCACGAAUAAAGAGAAAUUUUAUCAAAUCCAAAGGAGACGACAGAUAUGAAGAGGCGUAUGAUUCAAAGGGUAGUGCAGAACAAAGCAACAACGAUGAAUGCUCCACAUUUGGACAGCUGGUAGCGCAUAAACUGCGGAAGCUCAAUCCCCGGAAUAAGUUAUUAGCUGAACGUCGUAUCAGCAACAUAAUCUUUGAUCUGGAACUUCAGGAAAUAGAUCGAGUUGACAACUCUGUUUUUUUAUCUGCUUUACCACCAAAUUAAGUGUUAACCAGAGCUCUAGAAACUUUUCCAGUUCGUACGAGAUCUAAUCUCAGAAGUUAUGGUGGCCCAAACAAUUAAGGUUGAUGAAAAUCAGAGGCAAAGGUGUAGUAGUGGUGUAAAAUAGCAAGGAAUGCAGAGAUUGGUAAAAAGUCGUAUGUGUUAUCAAUGGCGAUACUACAGCUCUAUGUAGAUUAAAUAAACUUACAGAUUGACACUUAUAUGAUUAGUCAGUAGAUACCAAAGCAAAACCAAUCGAAGUUUUCAAAAGCUUUUUACUAAAGAUUGCCUUUUAUCAGUAUUACUUAGAUCUCCCAAAGAUUUCAGUAAUUAAAAAAAAUACCUUAAGGACUCCAUAUAUGAACGAAAUAUAAUAUAUCUAAGUCGCCUGUCUUAUUGUGUCGGCGCGAUUAGUCAAAUGAGUAAAAAAAGUAUGAUAUUUUGUGGUUAUUCAUUAUAAUUAUCUGCAUGUUAUAUCUUUACUAAUCUGAUCACUGCUAAUAACAUAUUCGUGUUCCACAGUUUGUAUGGAACAUGACAACUGUUACAGGUGUGGCAAGCGAAAUGUUAGCCAUUGUUUUAUUGAUUGCGCGUACCCAGCAGUAAAUUCAUGGCAAAAGUAGCUUAUUAUUUUAAUUUGUCUGUAUUAA